CCUGGUCAUGCUAAUGUACGCGUCCCAUCUCUUGUCUAUAUAUAUUUCAUUUUUGAUAUUUUGUUUCCCAUAUUUGGUUUCCUCUUCGCUCUUAUUGUAAACCCGCUGAUUCUCUGUCUUGAGAAAGAAGAAAUCAUCAGAUAGUCGAGAUUGAGGCCCCGCCUGGUUGUUUAGACAGAGCAUGGAGCAGCAGCAGGAUUUGCAUAGUUGCUUGGUUAUAUGGAGAGGACAAAAGUUUGUUGUUGAGAUGAAUCCAAGUGCUCCUCUGAAAGAGUUGGGUGAAAAGUUACAAGAACUCACAAAUGUCAAGGCCGAUACUUUGCGGCUACUUGUUCGCAUGGAGAAAAGUUCGAAAUUGCUAUAUCCUUUUUCUAAUGAGCACUCUUGUUUAAGCUUGGAUUCAGCAUCAGUUCUUAAGGGAAGGUCUAUUAGAAUGAUGGGAGUGCCCAAAAAUGAGGUGGAUGAAGUCCUAGAAAAUGCAAAGGUGGAUCUCAGGAUUGCUGGAUUUGAUGAAGAAGAGAAAAGAUUAAAGCAGAGAAAUGGAGAUGGGUCCUAUGCCUUGCCAAGACUUCCUCAAGGACCUUAUAUUUUUGGUGAUUUCCGAACACUUAGUCUUCCUGGAGUAGAGUUAAAUCCUCCUGCAUCAAGGGCCCUAGAAUUGCUGCAUAGGCUUGCUUCAGAUCCAGGAAUUGUUGCAAUUAUGAAUAAGCAUCGUUGGCGGGUGGGAAUUUUGACUGAGAUGGCACCAGUUGGUUAUGUUGGAGUGAGUCCUAAGUGCAUCCUUGGUUUCAACAAGAAUCAUGGAGAAGAGAUAUCACUGAGACUUCGAACUGAUGACCUCAAGGGUUUCCGGAAAUAUGAAAGCAUUAAGAAGACUCUUUUGCAUGAGCUAGCACACAUGGUGUUCGGUGAGCAUGAUGCAAACUUCUAUGCUCUGGAUAAACAGCUUAACGAAGAAGCUGCUACCCUUGAUUGGUCUAAAUCAAAAGGCCAUACUUUGAGUGGGAUCACCCAUUCACGAUAUUAUGAGGAAGAGCUCGGCAUCAGGAGCCAUGUAACUUCAUCACAAAAGCUUGGAGGACAGGCUCAUAUUCUUCAAAAUGCUCGUGCUGCUUCAGUAAAUGCAGCUUUGGAACGUUUAGCCAAUACAUCUACCAUGCUGUCAAGUUCAUCUGAGGAGAGGGUAGACUCUUACGGUACAGAUGGGGUGCAGGAACUGACUGCUGUGCCAGAUCCUGUGGUCCAUGUCAAUCAGAAAAUCGCUGAGCCUGAUCCUGAUGACUGCGAGGAUCAUGAAUCUAUGGUUCUCGAGCCUUCUGUGGAGUCCAGGGACAGCCAUAUGUUAACAGAUACUGCUUUAGAAAUUGAGAGAUAUGAAGUAUCUAAUCCUGAGAAUUCAGGGUUUAGUCCUAUUGGACCAAAUUCCAAUGGGGAAAUACAAAGAAGUGUUGCCAUUCUGGAACCUGAACUUGACGAUUCUGGAGAAGAACCAAAUGAUCUGAGAUUUCAGAACAAAGCUCGAGUUGAUCAAGUGGACUUCCUUAUGCCCACAAGUACGGAGUUGCCUAGUCACAUCAGUAGUGCUCCUGGUGAACCUCAUUCAAAUGAUUAUCUUGCAGAAGAGAUGCAGACAGAGUAUGAUCCUGGCAAGGCAAUACCAAGGAUCCAAAAUGUCGAACCUGAUCCUGAUGAUACAGAGCUGCAGAUAAUCCAAGACCCUGUUACUUUGUUUUGUGGUCGCCUGCAAAGUGCAAUUCAAUCACUAAAAUCCGAAGUUAAGCCCUCCGAGACUGGAACCGUCCUACAAACUUUGAUUAAGAUAAUACGUAAUGUGAUUGAACACCCGGAUGAAGUGAAGUUCAAAAAACUGAGAAAGGCCAACCCAAUGAUACAAAGGAACAUUAUUACUUACAAAGCGGCUGUUGACAUUCUCAGACUGAUUGGCUUCUCUGAAGAUGUAAUUAUGGACGAAUGGGGAAAGGCUGAAGCCUUCCUGAUGUUAAAGCGAAACGAUCCAGGCUUGUUGUGGCUCGCCAAAUCAUCGCUUGAAACAUAUGCUACAUGAUGCAUGACUUUUGAAUAGAAAUGGAAUAACACUGUCAAUGCACACAACAGCAGCAAAUAAAGAGAUUGGACUUUGCGGUCUGAGGUUGUAAUAUGUGCACACUGGUUUGAUACUAUCUGUAAUUUCAAAUAUAGUGAUCUUUAAGUAACUUCACUGUUUUCCUUCUAUGGACUGUUAGAAAUCUGAUUUUUAGAGUUUCAUUCAAA